AUGUCUGACGAGGAAGACGAUUAUAUGUCUGAUGCUUUCCUAAGUCAAAUAAAAGAUGUCAAACCAGGCGUCACCAUGGUGAGGCGGGUAAGAGAAGCAAUGAAAAAAGAAGAAAAACACAAAGAGAUCAACAUUAAAAACCGCCAAAAAACCUUCAAGGAGCAAGAAAGGGAAAGUCGUGAAGCGGCUUUGCAGAGCUCCAUUAGUAAUGAGAAUAAGGGAUUUGCACUUUUACAGAAAAUGGGUUACAAAGCUGGACAAGGCCUUGGAAAGGAAGGGGCGGGCAGAGUUGACCCAAUUCCACUUAAUAUUAAAACUGACAGGGGUGGCAUUGGAAUGGAAGAGGCAAAGAAGAGAAAAGCCGAGGAAGAGCUGGAAGACUAUCGAAAGAAAAUACAGGCUAAACAACAAAACGAGACCAAAUCUCUUCAAGAUUUUAGGUCAAGAGUAAGGACUGAGAGAGAGGAGCGAAAAAUUGAACAAGACCUCAGAAGAAGUAAGCGAGCCUGUGAGCAGUUGGAUUCACAAAAGGGCAUCACAGUCCCAAGGGAGGAAUGGUACUGGCUUAAAGUAGGGAAUGAGGAGGAGACAGAUGAUUUUAAAGAAGAAGAGGUGGACGAGGACGAGAUUGUGGAAUUAACAAAACUGCAAAUACUGACAUCAUAUUUAAGAGGGAUCCAUUUUUACUGCAUAUGGUGUGGAACGACCUAUAAUGAUGAAGAAGACCUAUUCACAAACUGUCCUGGGAAUACAGAAGCAGACCAUGACUGA